GGAGACGGCGAGACUCGGUCAGGAGGGGAGCGACAGCGAGCACCGGCCCAUCAUUACUCCCCCCCUCACCCUCUGUUGCCGCGUUGCCUCAGGUGUUGUUCACACACUGACACCGUUGAUCAUCUAGCGGGCUCAGAACCCGCACCAAACGCCGGCACAAUGUCGAUGGCACAUCUGUACGGGAAGGACGGCACCGACGAUGAGGUGGAGAUGGAACGAUUUGAGAUCUCGGACUGGGACCUGGAAAAUGAGUUCAACCCGGACCGUGUCCGCCACCGGCAGACAAAGGAGGAUGCGAUCUACGGCAUGUGGGCCGAGAACGACUCUGACGACGAGAGACCCAGUUUUGGGGGGAAACGCUCCAAAGAUUACACAGCUCCGGUGAACUUCAUCAGCGCUGGACUCCGUCGAACAACAGAUGAGGAAAAUGAAAAAGAGAAGGAUUCCGAUGAAUCUGAUGAAGAGAAGGUUAAAAGAGAAGAAUUUCAAAAAGAGUUUGCACCACAGAAAUUGAAAACUGGUGGCUUUUUUAAAUCUCAUUCGAAAGGAUUCGGAGGAGGAUAUCGGACAAACCAGGAAAUCGGCACCUGGGAAAAACACACAAAAGGGAUUGGACAGAAGCUGUUACAGAAGAUGGGUUACGUGCCUGGUAGAGGUCUUGGAAAGAAUGCCCAAGGUAUCAUAGCACCAAUUGAGGCAAAGAUGAGGAAGGGGAAAGGAGCAAUCGGUGCUUACGGGUCUGAACGAACAGAACAGUCACUGAAAGACUUUCCUAUCGUUGACUCGGAUGAGGAUGCUGAUGAGGAGUUCCUGAAAGAGAUGAGCCAAUGGCGAAAGGAUCCCACAGGUGGAAAGAAGAAACCGAAGUACAACUACAAAACGGUGGAGGAGCUGAAGGCAAAGGGAACAACAAGCCUAGGCAGGAAAAUGGCUACACCGCAGACUGAACUCUCACAAGUCAAGGUUAUAGACAUGACGGGAAAGGAACAGAAAGUGUAUUACAGUUACAGCCAAAUAACCCAGAAGCACGACAUUCCUGACGAUGUGCAGUCACUGGGCAAAGAUGCCAAGUCAGAGGGGUUCUCCCUCCCAGAGCUGGAGCACAAUCUGGAGCUGCUGAUCGAGAUGACGGAGCAGGAAAUCAUCCAGAAUGAUCGCCAGCUGCAGUAUGAGAAGGACAUGGUCAUCAACAUCUCCCACGAGAACGAGAAGCUCUCGGAGGUCCUAGAGCACGAGGGGAAGAUCAUAGACAAGCUCAGCCAUAUCCUGCAGAUCGUGGAGGAUUGCGAGAAGAGACUGCAGCCCAGCUGCGAAAACCCAUUGACAUUGGAAGAAUGUGCAAACAUAUUUGAAAUGUUGCAGGAGAAAUAUUUUGAAGAGUAUAAGAUGUUUGACCUGGCGGAACUUUCCAUUGCUGUUGUAUUUCCACUGCUGAGAGAAUACUUUAAGGCCUGGAAUCCUUUACAGGAUAACGAGUAUGGUUUGGAGGUCAUGUCUAAGUGGCGGAAACUUCUGGAACGAGACCAACUGCAACAUGGAGGUUGUGACAUGUUGUCUAUGGACCCGUACCACAGGUUAAUGUGGGAGGUGUGGAUGCCGUCCGCACGUAACAUUGUGUCCCAGUGGCUGCCCAGGAAUUGUGCUCCCAUGGUUGAUUUCUUGGAGAACUGGAUGCCUGUGGUCCCUCUUUGGAUAUUGGACAAUAUUCUUGAACAAUUGGUUUUUCCUAAACUACAGCGUGAGGUUGAAAGCUGGAAUCCCUUGACGGACACAGUCCCGAUCCAUGCCUGGAUCCACCCCUGGCUGCCUCUAAUGCAGAUGCGCCUUGAGCCACUAUAUUCUCCCAUCCGCAAUAAGCUUUCCAAUGCAUUGCAGAAGUGGCAUCCCAGCGACUCGUCUGCAAAACUGAUCCUGUUGCCCUGGAAAGAUGUGUUUACACCAGGAUCCUGGGAAGCCUUCAUGGUUAAAAAUAUUGUUCCAAAAUUAGGAAUGUGUGUGUCUGAGUUUGUAAUCAAUCCGCACCAGCAGCAUAUGGACGCCUUCCACUGGGUGAUGGACUGGGAGGACAUGAUCUCACCAUCUAGCCUCAUCGGAUUGCUUGAGAAAAAUUUCUUUGGAAAGUGGUUGCAGGUGCUGUGUUCGUGGCUCAGUAACAGCCCAAAUUAUGAAGAGAUCACAAAAUGGUACCUGGGCUGGAAGUCCAUGUUCUCGGACCAGGUCCUGGCCCACCCGACCGUCAAAGAGAAGUUUAAUGAAGCCCUGGACAUCAUGAACCGUGCUGUCACCUCCACAGUUGGUGGCUACAUGCAGCCAGGAGCUCGAGAAAACAUUGCCUACCUGACCCACACGGAACGCCGGAGGGACUUCCAGUACGAGGCCAUGCAGGAGCGGCGUGAGGCUGAGAACAUGGCUCACCGCGGCAUCGGAGUCACAUCAACCUCCAUCCCCAUGAACUUCAAGGACCUGAUUCAGGCCAAGGCUGAAGAGCACAACAUCGUCUUCAUGCCUUUGAUGGGCAAACGUCAUGAGGGGAAACAGCUCUACACAUUUGGGCGGAUCAUCAUCUACAUUGACAGAGGGGUUGUGUUUGUACAGGGAGAGAAGACUUGGGUGCCAACGUCACUUCAGAGCCUCAUUGAUAUGGCUAAGUAAUAUAAAUAGGAGACGUUCUGUACUUUUAUUGCAGCUGUGCAAGAUUUUCACCCGUUUAUUUGGGCUGUGAUAUGACAGGAGACUCUCACAGUGCAGACAGAUCUUCACUGCACUCUUUCCUUUUGCUCCAGGUCCACAAGUGAAAUCAAUACUGACUCCAGCAUUUGGUUCUGAUUCAGUCCCCAUAUGUUACUUGGUGUAUUUUGUUAAACAAGAAAUGCUGUCUUCAUUUUAAUAACUUGUUUUUUUAUGAACAAUUUGUCCAGGAUUCUAAAGCCAGAAUGCUAUUGAUUUGAUGUUUUGGUCUCGGUUCCGCUGUCCGAUGCUGAACUGACAAACAUCAAUAAACCAGAGUCCAUGCUCUAAAAAUAUGUUGAAAGAGUCCAUUGACUAUUUUACAGGAUACAGUCCAUCUCUGAGCAUCAGAAACCAAGCUGACUGCAACACUCUGGUCUUUGUUUGACAAUUAGUUUGCAUUGUCUUCAGCAUUUGUUCUCCCAAGGGUACACACUGGAGUUAAAAAUAAAUGAGGUGGCUAGAUCGUGCUUUGAGCCAGUUUCGUCCAACCA